UUUAUUAAAAGCGCAGAACUCGUGAGCUACGGACGUGUUUCUGCUACGCUCGAGCGCCUCGCGCAUCUAAUCAUCAUCUCGGUGUCUCCAAGUUUCGGUCACAGUCUCCGUCUCAGUCUCCGUCUACGGCUCCGGCUCAUCUCCGAGUCAAUCACAGUUUCGGUCUCGCUCUCGCAACGCGGCUUCUCGCGCCUUCACUCUUACUCUCACACAGUGACUGCGAAUCGUGAAAUCGUGUCACAAUUGAUUUGAAAUUUGUGUGCAAGAAAAAAUAAAUACGAGAAAGAGAGAAAAAAAAAAUUAAUAUUACAUAUUAUUUGUAUUUGGCAAUAAGUCAGGCAUUUUGGUGUGCACGCCGGCGUCAUCUCUUGCUGUCUGCUCUGUGUGGAUUUUGUCAUCCUCGCGACAACAGCUUCGACUUGAUCAUUGUUAUUCCGCCUACGCGCGCUAAUUAUUCCUCGCGGCUCUUUUUGGGCAAUGCCCCAUUCUAAAUAAACCAACCGAGCAAUAACAAUAACUAUAGCACAAUAUAUAACAAACAUAUUUUACUUUUGAAAAUUCCCAAAUCUAAAAUGCACGCGCGUAAUUCAAACUCGAGGCUGCGCAGUCGCAGCGCUGCUGGCGUCACUGCUACCGUUACAUUUGCGCUGCUGCUAACAUUGGCGCUACUGCGGAUCGACAUCGCUGCCGGCAGGCCUGAUGUUCGACCAUCGCCAUUUGCUUUAGAGUUGCAACCGCCUUUGCUUGAGCCAGCUGGCUCCGAGGGAACCGAGGGGACAUUCAAUGGUAAAGGCGGUGAACGGGCCAUCGAUAGCUAUGGCAAUCCCAUCGAUGCACUGCGUCCCAUCGAUACGCCCGAUGGCCGCAAGGUGGUCAGUGCCCAGGGCGUUCAAUUCGAGAUUCCCAAUUAUGCGUCGGGCAUCACAGAGAUACGAAAGCCGGCCGAUGAUCUGCUGCCACCGCACAUUGGUGAGUUGACAACCGCGGCCAGUGGAGCAGCAACCAGUGACAGCAACAAGAACAACGACAACAACAACAACGAGAACGAUACGCAAACGCAAACACAAACCCAAGAACAAGCAAAAACAGCCGGUGGCUUGGUAGCACCAGCUGAUAGCAGCACAAGUAGCUUAAGCUUCGCCAGCACCCACAUCAGCCACAAUCGCACCCACAACCACACACACGUAGAACCACUAACAAGCAUUUCCCAUCCACUCAACUCCGACCCCGACCCCGUCUCAGACUCAGUCCCAGUCUCAGUCUCAGCUUCCACCUCUAACCACGUCAAGCGACAAUCGCAAUCGCAACCACAAUCGCAACAGCAAUUUGUGAUCACAGCGGCUGGUCCACAGCACGCACCACCCACAUUUACCCUGCUCACAAUUAAUCCCGAAGCACCCGCUGCAGCAGCUAAAGUGCCUAAUAAAAAGCGCAUCUCAACUGCAACUCCAACUCCUUCCCCACUACUCGCAGAUGCCAUAGCGGUGGCUCAGCCCACUCCGGACGACAACGACACCGACAACAACAACAACAACAGUCCCUCAUUAGCACCAGCAUCAGCAUCAGCAUCAGCACCAGCACCAGCCACAUCACUAACACCACCCGAACAUGAAUCAUCGAGUGACGCCGAAGUGGAGGUGGAACAGGCGCAGCUUGUGCCGCUCGAGCAGCAGGAGGAGAGCGCUCUCUCGCCACAACUCACCAGCGGCACUCUGCCCGACUAUCUGCUCGAGCUGCAGCGCGAGGAUCCCAACAUUGAUGGCCCCGUGCCCUGGUUGCCCUCGCCCAAUGGCACGCCUCUGUCGGUGAUUGCCUGGGAUCUGUUGCCACCACUGCGCGAGACGGUGGAGGAGCCAGUGAUCAUCACGGAGCAGCAGCCCACGCGACAUGUCGUGGGCGUGGAGCAGCCAGGUACCCACAACAUUCGCCUCAGUCUGGGCAGCGGACAGGCUUUGUCACCGGUGGCACCGACGCCGGCCCAUGUGACAACCGGUCAGGUGGCUGUGGUCCCUCUGGUGCGCGACGGACCCGAGGCGCAUGGCACCAAUGCGCAUGUGGGCAGCAGCACCACGCCCAGGAAUACCCAGGGACGUUUCCCCAGUCGCAAUCGCGGCACAGCGCAUUACAGCACCACAACGACGCAGCGAGCACGUCCGAGCACCACGCCAAGCACCACUAGCACCACCACAACCACCACCACCACACGUCCGCCCUUAACCACCACCACCAGAGCAACCACAAGGAGCACCACCAGGGCGACAACGACUACGCCGCGUCCUAGUCCAAGCACUACACCUCUGGAUCCCUCCACCUUCUACAAGCUGGACAACGAGGAGUCUUACGCCUAUACAUUGCCCCCUUGGCUGCAGGAUGUCACCGAUCCCGAUCUCGAUGUGGCCGUCACCUUUAUUGUGCCCACGGACAACGAUCAAUACAAUCACACGCUGCUCGACGAUCUGGAGCCGCCUUUUGAGCCAUUCGUUGAUCUGUCCAACAUUCAGUUGACACCGCCGCCCACCGUGAAGCCAAGCACAACCACCACGAGCACGAGCACAACAACCACAACAACUACAACUACAGCCAGACCAACAACAUCAACUACGACGACCACACGACGUCCGUCGACCAGAGCACCCAGCACCACAACAACCACGAGCACCACCUCAACAACCACAACCAAAGCACCCAUUUUUAGACCGCAAUUAAAUGCAAAUAACAUUCACACAGCUCCGGGAUUAACCACCACAACGACACCCGCACCUGUGGAUGUGAAUCCCUUCGACUCGGCCACGUUGCCACCUUGGCUGCAGGACUUUGACUAUCCCGAUGUGGGUCCUGGUGUGCCCUACAAUCCGGACAACUUUAAGGAGCCAGAGACGUCAGCUUUUGGCCAGCAACAACCGGGAGGUAGUAAGCCCACUGACUUUCAGCCACAUGGCUUUGCCAGCAGCAGCAGUAGCAAGUCUUCAUCCACAACUGCCGCAUCGACAGCAGCAGCAACAGCAACAACAGCAACUAGUACUAUUGCACCUGCUGUUGGCGUUGUUGCCUCCGCUUUUCCAUCCAAAGUCACGCUUACGCUUCCAGGCAACGUUGAUGUUGAUGAUGCGACUGGGGCCACUGAUGAGCCACAGCUGGUGCUGAUCCCACCCGCUGGCGAUGAAGCAUCAUCAACCACAACUACAACUAACAACCAAAACAGCGACAACAGCAACCAGAAUCCUACUACAAACUCUAUCACGCAUUUUGCAGCCCGCUUCGAUGCCCCCGCUCCAGCUCCAGCCCCAGCUCCCGCCUCCAACUCUAUUUCUGGCCAAGAUUCCCAGUCGCAGACGCAGUUCGGCAGCAACCUCAACGCCAAUGACAACCAGAAGGUCGAGUACACCAAGAGCGACGAAGGCAAGGUCAUCAGCACGCCAGUGAAUACAGUGCGCAAAGAUGGUCAAGGCACUUUCCCUGCUGCUCCUGCUCCAGCUCCGGCGCCCUCCAACAACGCAGGCAAAUAUACCGGAGGAUUCGGAGCACCUGCGGGUCUGUUGCGUCCACUGAAUGCUGGCAAGCCAGACAUCUACGUGGCUGGCAAUGAGCAUGACUUCGCGGCGAAGGCGAAUCGAGCUCGUCCAACUGCACCGACGCCAGCUCCAGGUCGUUAUACAGGCGGCUUUGGCGCUCCCAGCGGUGUGCUGAGUCCACAAAAUGCGCCCAGACCCUUCCAGCAAGCGCAGCCACAACAACCACAACAGCCACAGCAACAACAACACCAUCAACAGCCACAGCAACUGGCUGGCGCUGCCUCGAGCCAUCAACUGAAUCGCUUUGGCGGUCCACCCGGUGUCCUGGUGCCCUUCGACAAUGUCCAGCGUGCUCCACAGCAGUAGACAGUAGAGAGCAGCAGCAAGAAGAAGUUGCUGCAGCAACUACUCGUAUUUUAAAUUAUUUAUUAAGCAUGCUUGUACUUAUGUUAAAGUUUUCUAAGUUGGCAUCGUGGUUGAAGUCGCUAUUGUCGUCUCUGUACACGAAUUUGAACGAAACGACUUAAUAUAACUUGCCUCAAUAUUUAAAUUGGUUUCACACACACUCAAACACGAUUAAGAUAUAUACGAUGCGAUGUACAUAUCAUGUCAAAUGUUAUACACGAAAUAAACUUUUUUAAAA